UAAAAUAAAGCGCAUCAUAUUUGCCAACCUGCCAGUUAACCAAAAGAAAUCAAGUUCAGUUACCUGCCACGUAAAGCAAAAUAAUCAAAACAGAAAACCGGAAAACAUGUGGAUUAGUAGCCGCCUUUUUGUGAUUUUGUUGCUGCUCAGGCUCGAUGCAACGAUUAGUGAACCCUUUGAGGCGCACUUGCGUGGACCCGGCUUUGUUAUGGAGCCGCCGGGACGCGUUGAGUUCUCCAACUCAUCUGGCGGUUGGCUGGAUUGCUCAGCGUCUGGCAGUCCGCAGCCUACAAUCGACUGGGUCCACGCCGAUGGCACGGCGGUGACGGAGAUUCAUGGGGUGCGACGUGUGCUGAGGAAUGGCACACUGGUGCUGAUGCCGUUCGCGGCCGCUGCCUAUCAUCAGGAUAUACACAAUACGAUCUAUCGCUGCAUUGCCAGCAACUCGGUGGGUCGCAUUGUGUCGCGUGAUGUGCAAGUGCGGGCGGUCGUGGCGCAGGCCUACAAAGUGGAUGUGGAGGUAUUAUCCGCCUCGCGCGGCUGCACCGCCAUUUUACGUUGUGUGGUGCCCACGUUUGUCAAGGAAUUGGUACGAGUGGUCUCAUGGGUUCAUGAACCUUCUAUCUACAUCUAUCCCUCGCUGCAAGGCGAUGGCAAAUUCCAUUUGCUGCCCACUGGUGAGCUACUUAUACACAAUCUGCAAGAGACUGAUGAAUCGCAAUCAUUUCGCUGUCGCAGCAUGCAUCGUCUAACCCGUCAGGUGGUUGUCAGCUCACCUACGCGGCUGCGUAUUAAUUCGCAUCGCGGCAUCAUUUCCCCGAGCGUUGUGGAGCACACUUCGCAUGUGCAGGUGUCGCAGGAUGAGGGCGCGGUGCUGUUAUGCGUGGCUCAGGGCUGUCCUUCGCCCGAAUACAGCUGGUAUACACAGAAUGGCGCUGGGCCGUUGCCUGUGCUUAGUGGACCACGUGUGCGCCUGCUGGGCCCCAUACUGGCUAUAGAGGCGGUCACUGGCGAAGAUUCGGGCGUCUACAAGUGCACAGCGAGCAACGUGGGUGGCGAGGCAAGCGCCGAGCUGCGCCUGACUGUGGCAACGCCCAUACAAGUGGAGAUACAACCGAAUGUGCUAAGUGUCCACAUGGGUGGCACGGCCGAAUUUCGCUGUCUGGUGACCAGCAAUGGCAGCCCCGUGGGCAUGCAGAAUAUACUCUGGUACAAGGACGGACGCCAGCUGCCCUCAUCCGGCCGCAUUGAGGAUACGCUGGUGGUGCCGCGCGUAAGUCGCGAGAACCGCGGCAUGUACCAGUGUGUGGUGCGACGACCCGAGGGCGAUACAUUUCAAGCCACCGCCGAGCUGCAGUUGGGGGAUGCGCCGCCCGUGCUCCUGUACAGCUUCAUUGAGCAGACGCUGCAGCCGGGACCAGCUGUGAGUCUGAAAUGCUCGGCAGCCGGCAAUCCAACGCCGCAAAUUUCAUGGACACUGGACGGAUUUCCGCUGCCAUCAAACGGAAGAUUUAUGAUCGGACAAUACAUCACCGUGCAUGGAGAUGUAAUUAGUCAUGUUAACAUAAGCCAUGUCAUGGUCGAGGAUGGCGGCGAGUAUUCCUGCAUUGCCGAGAAUCGUGCGGGUCGUGUGGAGCAUGCGGCUCGUUUGAAUAUUUAUGGUCUGCCCUACAUACGGCUCAUACCCAAGGUGACCGCCGUCUCUGGCGAGACACUGAAUCUGAAAUGCCCCGUGGCCGGCUAUCCCAUUGAGGAGAUACACUGGGAGCGCGGCGGACGCGAGCUGCCCGAUGAUAUACGGCAGCGUGUACAGCCGGAUGGCUCGCUCACCAUCAGUCCAGUGCAGAAGCAUACGGACUCCGGUGUCUACACGUGCUGGGCGCGCAACAAACAGGGUCACAGUGCCAGGCGCAGCGGCGAGGUGACGGUCAUAGUACCACCGAUCAUAGAGCCGUUCACCUUUCAGGAUGGUUUGGCCGAGGGCAUGCGUACGCGCACCGUUUGCGGUGUCUCGCGCGGUGAUGCGCCACUGAAGCUGAUCUGGCUCAAGGAUGGUGAGCCGUUGCCCGAACUCUUGGGCGCCAAUGUCACCAUGCUAGAUCAGUACAGUUCGCUCUUGAGCAUACCCUCGCUGUCGGCAACGCAUUCGGGCGAAUAUACGUGCGUGGCCAAGAACCCGGCAGCUGAGAUCAAGUAUACCGCCUUGUUGCAGGUCAAAGUGCCACCUCGUUGGAUUGUGGAGCCUGCAGAUGCAAAUGUCGAACGCAAUCGUCACAUUAUGAUGCACUGCCAGGCACAGGGCGUGCCCACGCCCAGCAUAGUUUGGAAAAAGGCAACGGGCAGCAAAUCCGGAGAGUAUGAGGAGGUGCGCGAGCGUCCAUUCACCAAGCUAUUGGGCAAUGGUUCAUUGCUGCUGCAGCACGUGAAGGAGGAUCGCGAGGGCUUCUAUUUGUGUCAGGCCAACAAUGGCAUUGGCACGGGCAUUGGAAAGGUCAUACAGCUAAAAGUGAACUCGUCUCCAUAUUUCUCCUCCACUUCGCGUUCGGUUACUGUUAAAAAGGGCGACACGGCGCUGCUGCAGUGCGCCGUUAGUGGCGACAAGCCGAUUAACAUUGUGUGGAUGCGCUCGGGCAAGAAUACAUUGAAUCCAUCAACCAAUUACAAAAUUUCAGUCAAACAGGAGGCCACGCCAGAUGGCGUCUCAGCGGAGCUGCAAAUACGCACAGUAGAUGCCACAGACAGUGGUCCGUACUUCUGCCGUGCCAGCAAUCUGUAUGGCAAUGAUCAGCAGCUGGUGCAGCUGCAAGUGCAGGAGCCACCGCAGCCACCGAGUGUGCUGGAGGCUGCCAUGAUUAGCAGUCGCUCGGUGAAUCUCAAGUGGCAGCCCAAGGCCCUGAGCACAGGCGAUGUGUCCAAGUACAUAGUGGAGUAUCGCGAGGCGGAUCCAGUCCUGUUCGUUGAGCAAUGGCAACACUUGGAGGUCAAGGAUCCGCCUAGCUUCAAUGCUUUAAUUGAGAAUCUCAAGCCAGCCACGCGCUAUGCCUUUCGCGUUAUAGCUGAGGGCAAUGCCGGACGCAGCGCACCCAGUCAAGAGCUCAUAGUGCGCACCGAGCCGCAGCGCCCUGCGGGGCCACCGCUUAACCUAUCCGCACGUCCCCUGAGCUCCACGGAGCUGCUAAUCAGCUGGAUAGCGCCGCUGCCAGAGUUGCGUCAUGGCGACAUACAGGGCUACAAUGUGGGCUACAAACUGGCCAGUUCGGGCAACACCGCCUACAACUUUACCUCCGUUUCGGGUGAUGGCGAGGGCGGCAACGGCGAACUGCUGCUCAGCGGCUUGUCCAAAUUCGCGCGCUAUAACAUAGUGGUGCAGGCCUUCAAUCAAGUGGGUCCUGGACCGCUGUCGGAGCCUACAGCAGCGCAGACUAUGGAGGAUGUGCCGAGUCGCGCGCCCGAGGAUGUGCGCUGCGCUGCUCUGACUUCUCAGUCGCUGCAAGUCUCCUGGCAGCCACCGCCCAUUUAUCAUACCAACGGCUUGCUGCAGGGCUACAAGCUGGUCUUUGAGCCCAUCAUAGACGACAUUGUGCCCAACAAGGACGAGGUGGAGUCGCGCAAAACCACUGCACUCACCACCGUGCUCACAGGACUCCGCAAGUACACCAACUAUAGCAUACAGGUGCUGGCGCAUACGCGUAUGGGCGAUGGCGUGCUUUCCAAGCCGCUGUUCUGCCACACCGAGGAGGAUGUGCCCGAGGCACCGUCGGACAUUAAGGUGGUGGUCAGCUCGCCGCAGUCGCUGUACAUCUCCUGGCUGCCGCCCACUGAGCCCAACGGCGUCAUCAACAAGUACAGUCUAUACACACGCGUUGUGAAUGGCCGGGAGGAACUGAACAACGAGAAGCGCAGUCUGCCCUCGCAGCAGGCGUAUUAUGAGGCCAAGAAUCUGCAUCCGCAUAUGGAGUAUCAGUUCUGGAUAACCGCUUCGACGCGCGUGGGUGAAGGCAAAAGCUCUAGGGUUGCCUCGCAGAUAACGACAAAUCGCGUGCCUGCCCGCAUCAUAAGCUUUGGCGGGGGCGUAGUGCGUCCGUGGCGCUCCACAGUCACACUACCCUGCACAGCGGUGGGCAAGCCCAAGCGCGAGUGGUUCAAGGCUGAUGUGGCGCUGCGUCAAGGCGGCCUGCACAACUCGCAGCUCUUGGAUACGGGGGAUCUGAUCAUCUCCAGCCUGCAGCUGGCGGAUAGCGGCAACUACAGCUGUCAGGUGGACAACGGCAUGGGCACGGAUAGACUGACACACAUGCUGCUGGUGCAGGUGCCACCCGCAGCACCUGUGCUGUAUGUAACCAGCGCUACCUCGAGCAGCAUUCUCAUGCAUUGGAAAUGCGGCUUUACUGGCAAUGCGCCCAUUACGGGCUACUCGCUUUACUAUCGACGCGCUACUGGCAAUACGGAUGAAAUGCAGCUCUCGCGUCAUGCCAGCAGCCAUGAGCUCAAGGGCUUGGUCUGCGGCAGCACCUAUCAAAUACAUUUGACGGCGCAUAACAAAGUGGGCAGCUCGCCUGCCAGCAUCAUGUUGCACGUGCGCACACAGGGGCAAGCUCCAGGCCUGCCGGCGUCCACCAGCUUACUGGCGCCCAACUCUACCUCAGUGCUCAUCCGCCUGCACACCUGGCCGGACAAUGGCUGCCCCUUGAUGUACUUUGUGCUGCAGUAUCGCGCCGUCACGGAUGAUCCGGAUAAGGAGUGGAUACUGGUCUCCAAUGCUCUCAAGCCACAACGACGAGUGGUGAUAUCCAAUUUGCAGCCUUCAACGCUCUAUCAGCUGCGCAUGGAGGCGCACAACGUGGCGGGCAAUUCCCAGGCCGAGUUCAGCUUUGUGACGCUUACCAAGGAUGGCGAUCCGCCACCACCAGAGAUAGUGCAGCGUGGUCAGCGUGGGCCGAGCGUGUUUUAUGGCAACAUAAAUCUGCUAAUACCAAGCAUAGCCGCUGUCUCCGGCAUGAUCUGCACCAUAGCCUUGGUUAUCGUCUGCUAUAGGCACAAACAAAGCAACCAUAUACAAAAGGAAUCCCUGGAGAAUCGCGCUAAUUCAGAGGCGGCUCAGCGUGAACGCUACUAUGCCACCAUACACAAGGUUUCCAUGCAGAACAAUGAUAAGAUUCCAGAAACCUCUGAGGACAUUUCGCCCUAUGCUACGUUUCAAUUGUCUGAGGCGGCGGGUAAUAUGUCACAGCCUCAUCAUGGCGGUCCGGCAAACACUUUGCUGCACUCAUUCAUGUAUCAUGAGCGUGCCUUGGCCGAGGGCUGCUCGUCGCCACCACCAGCUGCGUCCAAGAAUCGUCGUCGUCAUUCGCGCAAAACCGAACCAGAGAGCGAGGAAUCUGAAUCUGAUCAGGAUCAACUGACUUCCAGUCGCACUGAGUCCUCCAAUCAGCAUGAAGGCAAAAUCAAACACAGCAUCAUCUACCAUGGAGCCCAAUCAAGCACUUCCUCUGAUCUGUCACCAAUGUCCGAACAAAAAUCAUUGCCACGACGCGGUCGCUCCAGAGCUGGCAUCCUGCGCACACUGCAUCCGCUGCAGCUGCAGGCCGAGUGCAAUACGGGCGCCUUCCAUCAUAACGAGCGCCAGGAGGCCGCUGAGCACAUAGAGCUUGCCGAGGUUGAGUGCGAUGUGGACACUAUAAAGAAGCUGAAGUUAGGUCAGCGUUCCUCGCUGUGGUCGCGUCCAGCUUCCACAACAUCGCAGCUGCAACAGGAGCAUCAACAGCAGCAGCAGCAGCAACAACAGCAGCAGCAUCAACGCCAGCAACAAGCACCACACAAGCGAGCACAUUCAAAGUCACCGCAGCCGCAACAACAGCAGCCAUUACAACAACAACGACCACAACAACAUUCACCCGCUCCAGGCCAAAAAUUGCUUAGCGAAAAAUCGGAUUAUUCGAUAUCCGUGUGAGACAUUGGUAAGAUCUGAUCAGAGCCUGAUCAGUAUAAGUAACAGCAGCAGUUAGCAAUGACAAAUAAAAGCAGCAACUAAAUACUGGGCUAGCCACUCGAAGAGUCGUGUUUAGUACCUACUUUUCUCCAAAAACUGAAAAACUUUUACAAAAAGAUCUUCCAAAACCCAGCCACACCACCCCCGCCCUUAAACUGCUUGCCCAUCUUUCCACACAACUCUCAACACAUGAAACUACUUUCGGACAAUCAGUAUCAAAAUUCUCGCACCUCCAUGCCAACACUCUUCCCAUUUAUCUACUCUACUCCCGCAAAUUCUACUCUAACGCUCAUCUAUAUACAUAGCUAUUAACUAACAUAAGUAUCUACGAUUUGUGCAUGUAUGUAACUCACUAAUGUAAUGCAAACUAUUAACAACCAAAUACUAACUGAACUACUAACUGAAUACUAAAGUCUAUCGGGUAUCCCCGUGUGCGAUACUUGUGACGCAUUUUGUAUCUAUUUCUAUUGUAUAUCUAUCUACUCGUAGAGAGGUUGUAAGUAUUAAUGUUUUUGUGUUAAUUAACGUACUGACAUUUAAGUACAACUUAGUAGCUUCUGGCUAAGUAUUUUUGUAAGUUAUCGUAUUAUACACACAUAUGGUACAUGGUAGAUAAAAUACGUUUCUAAAACUGAAUUUUCCCCAUUUGUAAAACGAGGAAUUUAUUAACACCACACCAAGAACAAAUUUAAACUAAAACUUAAAUAAUAAAAACUCUAAACAUAUGCUGUGUACAAAUUUAUAAUUGUCUAAAACUUAUAGUAGAAAAUACAUAUUGGCAUACACAUACAUAAGAUAUCUCUAGUUGUUAACGCAACCAUUUUGUAAAUAGCUAUAAAUAAAAAUCAAACCAAAAAUUGACUGAAAAAUAAACGCAAAUGAAACUCCAACAAAAAGUUACAAUGAAGCAAUUGUUAACUAAAUAUAUUCCACGUAUACAUACAUGAGUACGAAAUGCCAGCUGAAACACAGUAUUCCAUAUAUGUAAGUAUGCAGACGGACGGACAGACAGACAGACAUUGACAUACAUAUAUUCAAUAAUUCAUUAACUCAGCAUAAUGUCGUUCGUCAUCGUGUAGAUCAAUGUUUUUAAAUGCAAGCAAAGCAAACCAAAUAUAAAUCAAAUAGCAAGUCGUAAUCAAAUUUUGACAUAGCAUGUAUACAUAUAAGUAUUCUAUAUAACACCAGGACUACAGUUAGUUGAGUAAAGCGUAAUUCACAUUAAUACUUAGCUGUAUUUUAAACUAGCCAACAAUUGCAUCUGCAGGAUAAUAAUGAAACACAACAAAUAAAAGAAAUUAAUUGCAAAGCCGUUUCGGAAACCAUGUGCCAAAAUUCGUUUAAGAUUUAACAGAGUACCCCAUAUAAAAUGAAAAAUAAACAACUGUAUUUAAACUUAAGCGCAGCGAAUAAUUACAAAAUAAUUAUAGAUAUAUAGUACUAUAUACAUCAAAUAUAUAGCCACUGCAGCCUCACAAAGUCUUUCAUUUCGAGUUUCAUUUGCUGCAGCGUCAGUUUCACAACUAAAGAAGGUAAAAAAAAAAACAAAACAUAUUUAAUAGACUUUAUAUG